GUAUUCGGAAUCUGAAGUUGACACGAUAAAAUAAAUGUUUAUUACAUAUUUUGUUUGCUUUUGGUUUCUAUCUUAUGAUCUCGAAGUGCUUUAACCAGAUGUGAAUAUUGUAGCACCUGUCGGAACCGUCUGAAGAUAUACUGUUGUUUCUUGAUGUAGAUUUUCAUCUCUUUUACUCCUGUAAUAUGGGAGAUUACUCGAUCCAGAUCACGCCGAAGCUGAUCAAUCAGUUAGCUCAAGGCAACGAAAAACCGAAGAGAAAGGCGAAGAGAACCAAACCCAAAGUCUCACCUCCACAGAACAAUGCAGAUCAAGCGAGAACACACCGUGAUGCAGCAGAGAAACCGAAGCCAGUGGCAGAGUUACCGACCCAGACCCCACCAUUCUUCUUCCCAAUUCCGCAACAAGGAGCAGCAAACACGGAGCUGGAAUCGAUCAAAUCCGUGUUGACAGAGAGCGAGAAGGUUCUUGAGAAGGUGGAGAGACGAGAAAAGAACAUUGUCGGUGAAGUGACAGAGAGGGCUAAAGAUUUGAGGGAGAAAGAGUUUAAGAUCCCUGAACCGAAACCAAUGCCUUGCUCUUCGGAUCACGAAGCCUGGAAGAAAUGCUACGAGGAGAACGUUGGCAACCCGUUGAUAUGUAGCGGACUGGUUAUGAGAUUCCAGGAUUGCGCUCGCUGGUCCAGGCAGCAAGUGAGUUCUGCUCAAAAGUAGAGAUAAAAUGUUCUUUUUUGGCUUUCUGAGAUCUUAUGAAUAAUCAGGAGAAAUGAACUUGUUCCUUUUUGUUAUUCUAAUAAAUAUAUAAACUGAAUCUGUGGUUAUAUUCAUGAGAUCUAAACUGCGUUCUUGAUUUUGUAUUUUGGCUUUCUUCCA